AAAAAACGGGAGAGGGUUUUCGUUUCACCGAUAUAAUCUUCUUUCUGCUUCUUGUUUCUCCUUCCUUCUCUGAUUGUUGCGACAGAGAAACCACACAGCGACGUUGUUUUGUGCAGAUCUGUGAGAGAGAUAGAGAGCGAUACACGGCGGCGAAUAUGAGCGGCAAGGGCGGCGGUGGCGGCGGCAGUGUCGGAGCGAGAAAGGGCAAUAAUGGAAUUUCAGAUAUCCCGUCGGGGUCGAGAAAGAUGGUACAGAGCUUGAAGGAAAUUGUGAACUGUCCUGAGGCCGAGAUCUACGCCAUGCUCAAGGAGUGCAACAUGGAUCCUAACGAAGCCGUCAAUCGUCUCCUCUCCCAAGAUCCUUUUCAUGAGGUGAAGAGCAAAAAAGACAAAAAGAAAGAGAACAAGGAUACAACAGAUUACAAGUCGCGUGGUGCUAAUAACACUUAUAACCGUGGGGCUAGAAGUGGUUCCGAUCGUUAUGCCGGGCGAGGUGGUGCUACAAACUUCAGCUCUUAUGAAUCUGGAAACUUCCAAGGAAAAUCUACAAGCAAGAGAGAAGAUGGAACAGAGGGUUAUGUGGGGACUACAUCAGCUGCUUCUGGAGUAAUGGGGCGCUAUCAGCCAUCGCACAGUGAUUUUGUUGCCAUGGAAAAUAAAAUGUCAUCUGUUCACGUGGCCGAUGGGAUACAGCCAUCGCAGUCUGCUUCUGGACAUCAACCUGCAUGGUUUGGAGCUGCAGGUCAGAUGUCUAUGGCUGACAUUGUGAAGAUGGGUAGACCACAAAACAAGACAAUGAACCCCCAGCAAAAUGUUGAUAUGCAUCCUGAAGUAUAUAGUGAGCAUGAAGUUGCAAAUCAGCAUGUCCCUAUCAUAGAUGAAUGGCCCUCAAUUGAGAAGCCAGUAGCUGCUAGCACAUAUUCACUAUCGAAGACACAGGCAGAGUCAGAGUUAUGUGCUGAUCCAUCUGACUUCCAAUCCGGUAGAGGAGAUCAGCAACUUAAGGUCCAGUUAGAAGAGAUUCAUCGAGCCGAAACCGGACCACUUGGGAAUCUUGGGAUAGAUCAGCUGCGGCCUGAUUCUGUUUCUGGUAGAAACAUCCAGGAAGAUGACUCUGGAGUUUCUUCUGAGUUUGAUGAUAAUCCAUACAGACACGAAAUGCAGACCCACCUGGUUGAGCACGAAAAUGAUGAAGAUAAUACUUCUUCUGUUGCUGCCAACCUUCAACAAUUAAGCAUAGAGAAUCACGAUCAUGAAGCUUUGCAUGAAGAGGACAGGCCUGGUCUCAUAAUUCCAGAUCAUCUGCAAGUCCAUGCUCCAGAGUGCUCGCAAUUAAGCUUUGGAAGUUUUGGAGGUUUUGGAAUAAGGCCUUUAAGCAACCACGUUGAAGAGGCGUCUGAUGUAGACCCACAAACCGAACACUCUGAUGCUAGAAAUACUGAAUUCUAUGGAGAUGAGCAUCUUGGGAGCACGAACAAUGGAGAUAUUGGACAUGGAGCUAAUCCAAGUGCUGGAAAUUAUGAUACUUCAGAUUCUCAAGGAGAGAUUUUGAAGCAAGAGAACCCCGAGAAUGCUCAGGAGCACCAGUACACGUUUACUCAGUCUGAACCAGGAUAUGCACAUGAAAAUGCUAAGCAGCAGCUCAAUACCGCAUUUGAUGAAUCACAGACAAGCACACAGAUGCAGAAUCUUGCUUCGCUGUCCAAUGUGAUGCAAGGUUACACAAACUCAAUUCCCAACACUUUGUUGACACAACCUGCUCAGAGUGUAAGGGAUCUCGAGCUUCAGUACUCACCUUUCCCUGUUGCACAGUACAUGCCUUCUCGAAAUAGCAGCAACCCUUCUUCAUUCAGUGGCCAGAGUAUUUCCAUGUCAGAGGCAAUGAGAGGCAGUGGCAUUUCUACAUCUCAAUCAACUCAACAGACCUUACCGGGUGCUAAUAUUGCUCAAGAGCCCACACUUCCUCAGCAGCUGGCGAUGCAUCCAUACUCUCAACCUACCUUGCCUCUGACCCACUUCCCGAAUAUGAUGGGUUAUCCUUUGCUGCCUCAGAGUUACCCCUACAUGCCAUCGGCUUUCCAGCAAGCAUUUGCUGGUAACAGCUCAUACCACCAGUCUCUGGCCGCGUUGCUUCCGCAGUACAAAAACCAUAUUUCUGCGAGCAGUUUGCCGCAAUCGGCAACAGGAGGUGCUGCCUCCGCUUACGGGUUUGGGAAUUCGAGCAAUGUUGGAAUCGGAAACUACCCUCUUAACCAACCGGCAGCUCCUAGUGGGACGACGCUUGGUUAUGAAGAUGUCUUGAGUUCACAAUACAAGGAGAGUAAUCAUCUCUUGUCCCUCCAGCAGCAGCAGCAGCAGCAGAACGAAAACUCUGGAAUGUGGAUUCAUCAUGGAUCUGCUUCAAGAACAAUGCCAGCUGUCCCGAGCAACACAUACUAUAACCACCUCCAAGCACAACAGAACCAACAGGCAUCCUCCGGGUAUCGACAGGCGGCGUCUCAGCAGCAGCAGCAUCAUUAUGGAUCUCUCGGGUACCCUAAUUUCUAUCAGUCGCAAACAGGAAUGAUGGCCAUGGAGCAGCAAAACCGGGACGGUGGUCCACAGGGUCAGCCCUCGAAGCAGAACCAGCAGCAGAUGUGGCCGAACUCUUACUGACCAUAAAAAAAAAGAAAGAUAAGGGUUUCUUUUUUUUUUUACUUGUCUUUGUUUUCCCUUUUCUUUCUUUCAAUCUUCGGCUAUAACAUGAUCGAUAGCUUGUUAGAGAAGGCUGAAGAGAAUGUGUUUUCACCAUUGGCCUUCCUUUAACUUAGGGAACAAGUAAACUCUAACCCUAAUGUUUCUGUCGCCUCUUUUUGAUUGUA